CCGUCAGUUGCUUUAUCCGGUCAUGGCGUAUACCGAUCGGUCAUGAUGGAACUGACGAAGCUCUCGAACAGCGCAACAUAAAUCCAUCGACUCGAACAGGGAUUUUCAAAUGUGAGGGGUUCACCUCAUUCACCAGAGUUGAAAAUUUACAUCAUACUUCCUUUGGGAGUGUUCAAGGACUGAAUAACGACAUCUUUUGUGUGUCCAUACGCUUAAAAUUCCUCUUUGUGGAAGCGAAACUCGACUUCCUUGCGGGGAGAACCGUACAACGAUUUGCUGCGAUAGAUCGUAAAGUUCCUGCUUUCUUGUAAAGCCUAGUGGAUAGCUAAAGGCAUUAUUUGUGCAGACAAGUAUCUUCCAGUCUUGGAUAGCGUUUUCUCUUAAUGUUUAAGGAUACCCAUGGUAUUUAGCAUCAAUUAAUUUCAACAAAUCUACAAUAGCUGAUAUCAAUCAUGCCAAUUCAAACACCUCAGUGGACAGAGUUUCUCCAGUGCCCAAUAUGCUACAACGAAUUUGAUGAGCACGAAAGAAAGCCAAUUAGCCUGGGAUGUGGACACACACUGUGCGUUUCCUGCUUGUCAAAGCUGUCUAAAACGCAGUGUCCAUUUGAUCAGGCUGUUGUUGACAUGGACAUAUCUAAGCUUCCUUUCAACUACGCAUUGCUUCAGUUAGUAGGAGUGGAAGUGCCAGAUGAAGAACUUCCAAACAUAGAAAGUGUACAGAACAAUGCUGCUCAAUACAGAACAUCCAAACAUUGUAUUGAAAAACUUGCAUUGUUCUUAAGGCCUGUCACCGGUGCUGCUAAUGGAACUAUCAAUGGAACAACCAAUGGCUGUAAUGGCUCUCUGAACGGCAAUGGAAACAAUAUCCUCACAAGACCAAUGCAGCGCAAGCUUGUGACACUGGUUAACUGUCAGCUUGCCGAGGCUGAUGGUCGCACUAGGGCCAUGCGUGCCGCCAGAAGCCUUGGAGAACGGACCGUAACGGAGCUCAUUUUAUUACAUCAAAAUCAGCAACAGCUGUCUGCAAAUCUCUGGGCUGCUGUGCGGAAUCGUGGUUGUCAGUUUUUAGGACCAGCAAUGCAAGAAGAGGCUUUGAAACUGAUUUUGUUGGCUCUUGAGGGAGGAGAGGCAUUGUCUAGGAAAGUUUUAGUUCUGUUUGUGGUUCAGAAGCUGGAAUCCCAGUUUCCACAAGCUUCUAAAACAAGCAUUGGUCAUGUAGUACAGUUGCUUUACAGAGCAUCCUGUUUUAAGGUUGAAAAAAAGAACAAUGAAUCAUCUCUAAUGCAGCUUAAAGAGCAGUACCGUACCUAUGAUGCUUUGCGGAAGGAACACGAUGCACAAAUAGUGCAAAUUGCUACAGAGGCAGGACUGCGCAUUCUCCCAGACCAGUGGUCCUCACUGUUGUAUGGCGACCUGGAUCACAAGUCUCACAUGCAGUCUAUCAUUGACAAGCUCCAAUCUCCUGCCUCAUUUUCUCAGAGUAUUCAGGAAUUAAUCAUCGCUCUUCAGAGAUCUGGGGAUCCUGGAAAUCUCUGCCAGAUGCGAGACCAGUUUGAAUUACUUUCCCAGAUUGAUGCCUCUCCAGAAGCAACAUGUCCAGAGUGGAAAGAGUUAGAACAAGCUAUGACUUCAGUGCACUCUGUGGUCAAUGGACUUGUUGACUUUUCAAAAUCAUAUGGCAAAGGAAUGAGAGGCUCCAGUGAUCCACCACAGCCUCACAACAACAACAAAUUUAAAACCAGCAUGUGUCGGGAUCACACCAGAGGUGGAUGUCCCAGAGGAAUGCACUGUACAUUUGCACAUUCAGAGGAGGAGCUUGAGAAGUUUAGUAAAAGAAGAACUACAAGGCCUCGGCCUACAGCCAUUCCUAGAGGAUCAGGCCCAGGUGCUGGCCCUGAUCAGUUCUCACCUCUUGAAAAUGGAUCUGACUCCAGUCCUACUGCUACCCAAGCUCCCACAAAUGGUAUCAAUGGCUCUGCACGAUCUUCCCCACACUAUAUUUCUUCUGGUGAUAUGCCACAACCCACUCCUUGCUAUGGAGCUCCAACCCAGAUUAAUCGUCGAGAUAGUCAGGAACAAAUUAUAACACAGAGGAUGAAGCAGAUGACUGUGUACUCAAACGAUGGUUACUGUGGACCUCGCUCACCUUAUGAUCAUGUGCAGUCACCCUACGUUUCUUCUCCAGGAAGUGAUAGUAGAGGGUAUGUCCAGUAUUACGGUCCACCAGCACCUCCUGGAAACUCAUAUUCCAAUGUUGUGUCAAGAGGAAAGGACGUUGCUGUUGGUGUUAUGACUCCACCCCGGAACUCACCCUUGACUGUCCAGGAUGAAGGGUUAAAUGGCAUGACAAAUGGCCAUAUUGACCACCACCCAGGACGCAUUGAACAUCCAUCCAUGUACAGCGGAAGAGCAAGACAGCGAAUGCCUCAACAGCCUUGCGGUUAUCAGGCUUAUGACCAUUCAUUUGGCUAUCCUUCAGAUCCUACACCUUACCCUUACAGCCACCAAACACCAGACUUCUACAGCUCACCUUUUCCUGGAAGACCAGUAUCUUACGACCAUCUUCACCAGAAUGUCAUGGGGUAUCCAUCAUAUCCUGGACGCAGUGAUUAUAACCCAUAUUCACGAGCAUUUUUUGAAACUCCUGACAUGGCUGGAAGAGGGAUUUUACUGCCUCGGGGAAGAAGUCCAUUUGUUCCUGCUGACCUACAUGAUGAAAAGAAUGCUGAUUCAACGUCUCCACGGAGUAGCGACACAGCCACUGAUUGCGACCUCCUAGAGUUGUGGAUCCCCAGGAAGGACACUGACAGCGGUGUCAGCAGUGGGUCCCCACUCAGCCACUCUCCUGCAGCCAGCCAAUCAUCAAACUCUAGUUUGUCGCCUAGGCAACAGUCUCCUGUAGGGUGGCAACAUAGUGGCGAGGCUGACUACAUCUGGAGAAACUUUCCUGAUGACAGCAAUGCUUUGCCACCUCCUCCCACCAUCACCGACACAGCACCAAUAUGGAGUCCACACCAUGGCAGUGAGGUUCGCAAGCUUUGGCAACCAUUUAUUGACUUAGAUGAAUGGUCAAGGAAAGAGGAGCAGAUCAAGAAAGAUGAACAGUAUGCUCGGGUCCUUCAGGAGCAGAUGGAUCAAAAUAGCUCCACUACAACUCCAGAAACCCGGGGCAGCGAUCUGUCGCCCCAGACCCGCGUCGGUGGAGAUCAACCGGGCAGUGAGCAGGUCAGGAGGGGACAGGACGCAUCCGAUUGCAGCCUGACCAUUGACAGCAUGGAGAGCGAAGCUGAAGUAAAAAGAAGGAAGCGUGAAGAACACAUGAGGUUGCUGCAGGAGCGUAGACAACUUCUACAGAAACAAGAGCGCGAACAGCAGGAAAGACAGGACCGGAAACUCGCGCAGGAACUGGCCUUCAGAGAUGUGCAGAAGGCGGGGAGACUUCCGGAUCCGCGGUGUAUCAUGAAGCCCUUUAAUCCUAACGUGAUCUCCCGUGGGGCCCCCGUGGGGCUUGGCUUCAGUGGGAAGGGAAGUGAUAUCCCUGGGGAGCGCGAUGCAUUCAGUGGGUUAAACAGCUACCGCGGCUCCUGUGCGUCCUCAUUGGCUAACGAUGAUGUCAUGGAUACGUCAAAAAUGACGUCAGGUUGUAGCGGCGACAUCCGCGUACAAGAGUGAAAGCAAAAAAAAAUCAUUUGUUUAAUUAGGAAUCUUCUAUGUACAGAUUGUAAGCCUAUCUAAUUACUUGUAAGAGUGCGUGUGUUAUAUUCGUGUAAUUCCUUCGUUAGACUAUAGAUCAUUCAACGAAUCAAAUCGACUGAAAGUGGUUAAACUUUUUUUAUUCUAUGCGUUUAAUGGAGUGUUUUUUUUGCUAUGUGUUUGAUUAUGCCCCAGUUUAACUGGACUUGUUUGUUUGUUCCUAAUCAUGUUAAGAAAUCAAAGCACUUUUAAAGUGUCGGUCAGUGGUCUAGGUUUUCAAUGAAAAGUUUGUCCAAGGUGUGCAGGACACUGACUGUUUAAGGCUCUAGUGCAGGUCAGCUAGACGAGCAGGGAUAUAUAUGAGGUAUUGGUUUCAGAGGCGUCAGAGGAUGUCAAAGAAUUUUUGUUGGCUUUUCAAGUGAUUAGUUUGUUAAGAAUUCGGUCACAACUCAGUGUGAUAAAGAGAGGCCCUCGGAACGAUGUGGACGAACGAGAAGAAAAAAGACUACCAUUUGACUCGUAAUUGAUAAUAAUUUGGAUUGAUUUAAAGCAAUCAAUCAAAUGAUCGCGUUAAUCGGCUAUUGCCAGUCUCUAGUGGACUCCUUGAAAUUCUUGGGAAUAGGUGCUCAUGAUCAAAUCGCCACCAGUUGUCAUUGUUAGUGACCAACGCCGUCUUGUUUCGGCCUCUAAAGCCUGGCGACUCACGUGGAUUUCCUCUCGAUCGUGAAGAAACAUUUGUUCGUGUAAAAAUGACCACGAGAGUUUAGGGAGCGUACUCAGGCCUCACUCUGUUUUACGUGGCCGUGGGAAAUGUGGGUUCAAGAUUAAGUUUACGGAUUAUUUGUUUCAACGAACGUUGUUUGAAGGACAAUGACGUAUUGUCGUUGAAGAAUUUACUGACGUCUAAUUUGUGGUUAAUAAAUGUUAGACCCCAUGUAAGCGAGACGUUUUCCCAGUCGAUAUUUGACUCUCCCAGCAUUGUGGGGAAAACCCAGAUGGCGGCUGGAAAGGCGCGCGUGCUAAGGGAUAUUACAGGCGAAAUAUUUAUAACUCUUCAACUGACAGAAGGCAUUUGUUUAUUCUUUCAAGAAUCAUUAAUAAUCCCUUUACUAACGUGGUGUCCAUAGAUUUUAUAUAUAUAUAUUGUGAAAAAAAAAUUGUUGUGAUUUGACUUUGUUGACAAUUUCUCGUGUCGUAAUAAGCAAUGGAUGUGUGUCGUCAUUUUAGAUAGAUUAGUUCUAAAGAGCGAGUUACGUCAAAUAAGAUUGUGAAUUUUUUGGCUAGGUCAGCGAUUUACGUCAACAAUGGUUCAGUUGUCUUCAUUUAAUUUUGGUGAUUAAGUCAAGUAAUAUGUCGUAUACGUUACAUUUUUUCACAUUUUCCAACAUGUUUGUCCAAAUUUUGGCUUUGCUUUUUUAUGAGUUCCUCGUGGUUGCUACAUAAGUGUGCUGUGUGAGUGAAGUUGCAUUUAAAUUAAAGGCGCCCGGAAAUUAGUUCUGUGGUUUUUCCGCCGUAUUUAUACAAUUUGGUCUAUGUUGGGGUUUUAAUUUGCUUAAAUUUUGCAAGGAGUUUUGUUUUAAUCUAAGUGCUUUAUAUAGUUUGCAAGACCGCUUAGUUUGUAAAGGACGCAAAUCUUCGUUAGAGACCAAUUGUUUGAUAGUUUAGGAAUAGUAAUGUUGAUUAAUCUGUUCCCACCAGUUUAGAACAGAACAAGUUUCUGUCUGAAAAGUUGCGACUCAAGAUGCCCGAAUGCUCGUUCAUAUUUCAUCUUAAGGUUUUGAAAAUUUUUAAUAUUUAACAAAAUACUUCAGUGCUGGCGUGAAAUUAUUCCGCUCUGAUCUGUAUAUGUGGACUGAGUGGGUGGGUUUGUAAUUCUAAGUGGCGAUUUAAAGGCGUCAGUCAGCCGAUUAAAUAUUGCUUAAGAGAAUUCUGUAAAAUAUGAGUAUUCUAUAGACAUGAGUAGGUCAAGACAAUUUUGGCGCCAAAAUUCUCUUGGCGCCAGAGGUCGCAUGCUUGCGGCAUUCCUUAUUUGGGCAACUCGUCAUUGCUUUACGUUUUGUUGGCUUUCGUUUGUUCGCAGGGAGGAGUGGUACACUCCUUCGUUUUCAAUCGCAUGUUACCGUUAACAACAGUAGUAGCUUGUGAACAGGAGGAAGCCAAACUGUCGUAAAGUAACAGAUUGGUUGUGUAGUAAUGUUGAUUCUAGCGCAUAAAACGGCUGGAAAAAAAAUACAAAAUGAUUGUAAACUCACGUUGUCAUAGUAUAUUUUAUUGUACAAUAAUUUGUAUCUUGGUUACUCAGUGGAAAAGGCUAAUAAAUUUGGUGAUGAUGUGAGCUGGA